AUGGACUCCCAAGCCUUCCGCGAAGCCGGGCAUACCGGUAUUGAGGACAUCGCAACCUACUUCGAUACUCUCUCCUCCCGCCCGGUCGUCUCAACCGUCGAGCCGGGCUACCUCCGCAAACUCCUGCCUUCGUCGGCCCCCGAAGAAGGGGAGUCUUGGUCGGCUAUCCACGCCGACAUCGAGGACAAGAUCCUCCCGGGUAUCACGCACUGGACACACCCGGGCUUCCACGCCUUCUUCCCCUGCGCCAACAGCUACCCGUCCAUCCUCGGCGAGCUCUACAGCGCCGCCCUCUCGGGGGCCGCCUUCAACUGGAUCUGCUCUCCGGCCGUGACCGAGCUGGAGACCAUCGUACUCGACUGGCUGGCGCAAAUCCUAGGCCUCCCGCAAUGCUUCCUCUCCACCGGUCCGACCCGUGGCGGCGGCGUGAUCCACGGCUCAGCCUCCGAAGCCGUACUCACGGCCAUGGUCGCCGCGAGAGACAAGUACCUCCGGGAAACCACGCCGCCAGAGUCCGAACUAUCAGGCGAAGCCCGCGAAGACUUCAUCGCGCGUAAGCGCAGCAAGAUGGUCGCCCUGGCCACCACGGCAACCCACUCGUCGGCCAAGAAAGCAGCGCUCAUCCUCGGCAUCCGCUUCCGCGCCAUCCCCGUGCGCGCAGAGGACAACUACUCUCUGACCGAAGAAAUUCUCUCCCAGGCCCUAGCCCAAUGCAAGGCCGAAGGCCUCGAGCCCUUCUUCCUCGCCGCAACCCUCGGCACAACCGACACGUGCGCGGUGGACGACUUCGCGGGGAUCGUCUCCGCUCUGAACGCCUUCACGCCCGCCGGUCAGCCAGGCGAGGUCUGGGUGCACGUCGACGGCGCCUACGCCGGCAGCGCCCUGGUCUGCCCCGAGACGCAGCAAGAAGUGAAUAUUUCCCUCCUUUCCAACUUCCACUCCUUCGACAUGAACAUGCACAAAUGGCUGCUCGUCAACUUCGACGCGUCCUGCUUCUUCGUGCGCGACCGCUCCUGGCUGGUGCAAGCCCUCAGCGUCAACCAAGCCGUGUACGGCAACCACGCCAGCGACGGCGGCUUGGUAACCGACUAUCGCGAGUGGCAGAUCCCGCUGGGGCGGCGGUUCCGCGCGCUGAAGGUGUGGUUCGUGCUAAGGUCGUACGGCGUCAAGGGUCUGCAGGCGCACAUUCGGCGGUCGACCAAGCUGGGGGAUGAGUUUGCGGAUAUGAUUCGGAGCCGGCCCGAUUUGUUUGAGAUCGUCACGCCGCCGAGGUUUGCGUUGACUGUGUUCCGGCUGGCCCAAAAGGGCGAGGCGCAGACGCUCGAGGAGAGGAAUAAGUUGACCAAAGAGCUGUAUGAUCGGGCGAAUGCCACGGGCUACAUGUGGUUUACUAGCACGAGUCUGGAUGGGCGCGUUGCGAUUCGCAUGUGCGCGGGCGUGAGGACCACUGAGAGGGAGCAUAUUGAGAGGGCGUUUAAGGGGCUGGUGGAGAUUGCUGAGAGCAUUAUGAAGGCGUAG